GUCCCGUCGGCAGGCGCAGACAGCAGGCAGCAGCUGCAGAGAGAGGACCUGGUGCCAUUACUCUGCAUUACAAAGAUAUAUAAAAAAAAAGACAUACUGCGAUUUUGAUUUGGAAAAAAGACCACGGUCCGUUCAAGUAAGCUAAAAUGGUAGACCGUGAGCAGCUGGUGCAGAAAGCAAGGCUCGCCGAGCAGGCUGAGAGAUAUGAUGAUAUGGCAGCUGCCAUGAAAUCGGUGACGGAGCUGAACGAGGCGCUGUCCAACGAGGAGAGGAACCUGCUGUCGGUGGCCUACAAGAACGUGGUGGGGGCCCGGAGGUCCUCCUGGAGGGUGAUCUCCAGCAUCGAGCAGAAGACGUCGGCCGACGGCAACGAGAAGAAGAUCGAGAUGGUGCGCGCCUACCGGGAAAAGAUCGAGAAGGAGCUGGAGGCCGUGUGCCAGGACGUCCUCAACCUCCUCGACAACUUCCUGAUCAAGAACUGCAACGAGACGCAGCACGAGAGCAAGGUGUUCUACCUGAAGAUGAAGGGCGACUACUACCGCUACCUGGCCGAGGUGGCCACGGGCGAGAAGCGGGCGGCGGUGGUGGAGUCGUCCGAGAAGUCGUACAGCGAGGCGCACGAGAUCAGCAAGGAGCACAUGCAGCCCACCCACCCCAUCCGGCUGGGGCUGGCGCUCAACUACUCGGUGUUCUACUACGAGAUCCAGAACGCGCCGGAGCAGGCGUGCCACCUGGCCAAGACGGCCUUCGACGACGCCAUCGCCGAGCUGGACACCCUGAACGAGGACUCCUACAAAGACUCUACGCUCAUCAUGCAGCUGCUCCGGGACAACCUGACUCUGUGGACCAGCGACCAGCAGGACGACGAGGCCGGCGAGGGCAACAACUAG